CAAAGUUGGUUGUUUGCUAGAAUCGGUGACAGAACCUCCAUCGUCAACCCAAUUCCACGAUCUCGUAUUUGAAGAAAACUCCACUUUGGCACCGACCAUACGAUGCUCUUUCGAUGCCCAAAAUCCCUUUCCUUCUCCAUCGAUCUGAGUCUCUGAAACCAUGUCAAGGAAUAUCCAAGACCAGGCUUUGUCGCCACUAGCCAGCGAUCUCAAGUGCAACGACUACGACAUCUUCCUUGUCGUUUCGUCGGUUUUGUUCGUUCUGUAUCUUGCAGUGCACGCCAAGAAGAACCUCAACAGGCUCUGUCGUGGAGCCUCCUACAUACUCAUUUCCUAUUAUGCCCUUCUCUGGCUCGUUACGCUUUUAAACCUCGCCUGGUCUUUUCUUCAGUCAUGGAAGUGUUCUCCUGAGAAGGAGGUUGCAUGGAAUAUCCUGUCAUUAUUUACAGCAUCUGGUAUGCUGUGUCUAGAGAUAAACUUGAUGACUUUCUUACUGAAGGAUAACUACAUGAAUGGCAUGGAAGCUCUAGCGCACACUUUCCUUCUGUCAGGAAUUAUUGUCUUUGUGGAUACUCUUCUUAAGGCAAUACACAUUUUUGGAUUUGGGGUCCCAUUGUUCAAUAGCAUUGUCGGAAGCACUAAUAUAAUUAAGUGGUGUUUGUGGGUAGUACAUAAAUUAUUGCUAGCCGCAGCAUAUGGCUUCAUUUUAUUUGUACAUUUCUCCAAAUGGAGAGAGAAGCUGCCACCCAGGCCUGCUUUCUACAACUAUGUUGCUAUAAUGUUCAUCUUCAGUGUAAUUACCCUGUUUGCUUGCGGGCUAGCAGGAAUUGGGGCUGACCUCGGCAAUUGGUUGUAUGCUUUCGCUAUGCUUUGUUAUCACUCUUUGUAUCUUCCAUUUCUUUACGUAACUUUUCUGGCAGAUUUUUUCCAGGAGGAAGAAUUCCUUUUGGAUAGCGCAUAUUACUCUGAGAUGAAAGAUGCUGGAUUCUUUGAUGCCGACUGGGAAUAAUUCCUCAACAGAUUUAUAAAUGGAACCCACAGGCAUCUUUUCUCUAUGCACUGUAAAUAUUUUGACUUUCUAACUAAAUCACGUUUAACUCUGUUCGGUCUACAUCUUAAUGAUGUGUUGGAUUUGUAUGACCGUACUACUGCCUGUAAAUUGCUGCUAUAGGAACAAUAUUUUGAAAUUCAUUGGAUUUCUAUCAACGAAGGAUACACAAACCAAGAAACGAGCUGGUACUUGAAAAUCAAAAUCAGCCCCAAAACCCACACUGGCAUUGAGACUUCUUCCCGAAGAAUAGGCUGCAAAUUAAAAAAUAUCCAUGCUAGUGCCUCAAGUUGACAUCAGCAACCGCAUUUUACUAUUCCAAACUACGUGUUAAAAAGUUUAUAGUUGUUGAAAAUCCCGGUCAGUAUCUCCAUAUUCAAACCCACGUGAUAAGCACUUAAAUAUUGAAACAUAUAUAAUGGUAGCUGCAUGUUGUAUUAUGUUCCUCCCGAUUUGUAUCACUUGCGAUGCUAGGCCUUAGGUUUUGGAGAAUGUUGGUCAGCAUCGAAAGGUUCUGUUGGAUAGUUCUUUUGACUGUUAAAUGAAGAAUGUAAAAUUAUUUG